GCAGUGCCUCGCGGCGGCAGUUUGGAAAGCCGCAGGGGGGACGCCAGGCCCUAAGGCUCCCCUGGAGCCUCCCGCAAGGGUGCCCUCCGGAGCCGGCGCCUGGCCGAGCCGGAUCACGCGAGUGAGCGGCAUUGGGGAUGGCAGAGGAAAGUUGGGGGCCAGAGCUGCUGCGAGGCGGGGGAGCGCGCAACCCCGCGCCAAUGUCCGCGCCUCAUGAAUAUGCACGAGCCACCUCCCUCCCUCCGUGACGUCACGGGCCGUCCCGGGGUGAGCGCCGGAGCCGCUCCGGGUCCGCGCCAGUGAGUGCUGCUGUUGCCGGCGAGCGAGCGGCGCGGCGAAGGGCAGCCGAGGCGGUGGGUGAGGGCGGCGGCGGCUCCUGAAGCGCACCCGGCAGCUACAGCGAGGCGGCGCGGCGAGCACCAGCGGACACCGGCAGGCGAGGCGGGCGCGGGCGGUAGGCGGCGGCGGCAGCUCGGUGGCGGCUGAGGCGGCGAGGAUGCUGCCGGGGAGGCUGUGCUUGGUGCCGCUCCUGCUGGCGCUGGGCGUAGGGAGCGGCGGAGGCAGCGGCGACGGCGGGGACAGCCGGCGGCGCCGCCUCCUCGCGGCGAAAGUCAAUAAACACAAGCCAUGGAUCGAGACAUCAUAUCAUGGAGUCAUAACUGAGAACAAUGAUACAGUCAUCUUGGACCCUCCUCUUGUAGCCCUGGACAAAGACGCCCCAGUGCCAUUUGCAGGUAGGAUGACUGGUAUCUUAAUAUGUUCAGGCAGGACUCAUUCUGGAGGCCUGAUGCCAAACCUCCACAAAGCUGAGCUGGGACCUAAAAGCUAUUGUCACCACCCUAUGUUCAGAUGGCCUGUGAUUUUCAUGCUAUGUGUCUCUUCUCCUUGCCAGUGUGGACUCUUUAUCUCCUUAUGAUUAUUCUCCUUAACAUUGCUUCCCAGGGAAGACACAUGUUCUCUUUUGUGUGUGUUUGCUUUUGCUGUUUUGGUUUUCUUGGAGACAGAGUCUCUCUACUUAACUGGCUAUCCUGGAACUCGCUAUGUAGACCAGGCUGGUCAUGACCUCACAGAGAUCAACCUCGCUCUGCCUCUCUCUUCCAAGUACUAUGAUUGAAGACUUGUGCUUCAUGCCUGCUUUUGUUCUUCUAAGAGGUGAUAAAUCACUGAGGUGGCCCCUGGAGUUGGAUGAGUUAACCUGGUGAAAUGCCAUGGGAGAAUUUUGCUCCUGGAGAGAUGGCUCAUAGACAUGAAUAAGUGUGGAAAUCACUGCCCCCACUAGCUACAUACCACACGAGGACAUGUAUCUUGGUAGAUUGGGAAGAAACAGAAAGUAAAAAGUAUCAAAAGAGAUUGCUAAAGGUAAGAUGGCAC